AGGAAAGGAAUGCGAGUGGGAAGCAGAAAGAGCCAGGCGCAAGCAAGCGGGCAUGUAGCGACAGAUCCUGCCAGCAGAGAGGCGCGGGGAGCCGGGCCGGGGCUCACGCGGCAGAGGGCGGGCUUUCGUGUUCUCCCGGGGAAAGCCGGAGGAAGAGGAAAAACGCCGCUUCGCCCGGCGGACCGCGCGGCCGUUUUCCACGGGCAGCAGCAGCGCCGGAGCGUCGCUGGCUGCCCCCAUGGCGGCGUCGGAGAAGGUGCUGCGGGAGGGGGUGCUGGAGAAGCGCAGCGGCGGGUUGCUGCAGCUCUGGAAGAAAAAACGCUGCCUGCUCAGCGAGAAGGGGCUGCGGCUCUUCGAGGCCGGCAGCCGGGGCUCCACGCGCUGCAAGGAGCUGCCCUUCGCGCACGUCAAAGCCGUCGAGUGCGUGGAGUGGAAGCAGCGACACAUCUACUUCACGGUGGUGACGGACGACGGCGCCGAGAUCGACUUUCGCUGCCCCCAGGAAGACCCCAGCUGGAACGCCGACAUCACUCUGGCGCUGGUGCGCUUCCAGAACCAGCAAGCGGUGCAGAUCGUGCGCGCCAGGCACAGCUGCAGGACGGCUUUUCAACAAGGGUCAGCUCCAACCAGCCAGAUUCUGGUGAAUGGGUCUAAGAAAUCCGACUCUCAGCUCAACGUGGAGAGGGUGGAGGAAUUUAUAGCAGUGACUUCACCUGCUGGUGGACCAAAGGCAAUUUCUAGCUGCAACUGAAUGAAGACCUCUACUUUCUUUGGUGAGGCAUCUCUGCUGCAAAGUGACAUAAUGCCUGGUGAAGCUAGCCAAAUAUGUAUCACAACAAUGGUUAGAAACAGCUUUUGUUUUUCUCCUCUGUUUUUGCUAUGAUACUUAAGAACUUGGUCUCUCGAUAAGGCAUUGAGAAAGUUUCCUAUUAAACUGACAGUUUGCUUUCUACUGUCAACAGUCUUACCUACAGUGAUGGACAUCUACUGUGAUUCAGGCGACAGUUGCAGCAGCUAAGACAAAAAGGAAUCAUUCCAUCACUCAUUGUGCCACCAGCCUGAUGCUGAGUGAACAGUGCCAGAAUAAGAUGAACCAUGCAAGUGAGGAACGUACUUGCUAUUGAAUCUGAGCAUGUCAGACAUGAUACGGGACUAAUUUCUUGGUUUAAAAAAAAAACAGAGGAACGUCUGUCCUCAGAUAAUCAAGCGGCUCAUCUGGAAGGCACAAAUGUGAGUCUGCCCCUCUGACCUGAGAAGUCACAGGUUAUGAGGAAGAUGCUGCUGGAGUAGAUGCAGAGAAUUUUAAAAUAUAUGUAAGCACCUUAAGAAGCAUUUGGGAAUCCCAAAACUUCUAUAAAUGAGUUGGUUGUGCUUUUUGCCACGAAGUUAAUGCUCACUGUCAAUCCAUAAUUUCAGCUCAGUGAAUCAUAUCGACAUCUAGGAUUAUGUAACAUUGCUAGAUCCUUUAUCUUAGAAUCCUUAGGUACUAAUGUGCAAGCCUCCGGAUAAGAAUUCAUAUGCAAGGCUGAAGGCUUCUUUAUUUCAGCCUUUUGAAGACUGAAGUAUGCCACCAUCUUUUUCUUCCACUGCCCCAUGACUUAUUUACUUACCUUGGGACAUGGGAAGAAAGCAGAAAAUAGAAUGGCAAGCUCUUGCAUUGCCUUUUGAAACAUAAUUAUGAAUCCAACUGGGAAUGUCCUUAUCCCUUUUGGUAAGAAGAUGGAGAUUGGGUGCACACUCAUCCACCAAAGAGGCCAUUUUACCCUUAUUCAGGAGUUAUGUGUAACAAAUAAAGCAGUGUGAAACAGGAGUAUGCAUUGUCCCCAAUAUUACCAUUCCUGCUUUCUCAUUCCCAUUUUUUAAAUCUUUGUGGAAACU